AUGGCCUGCCAAAAAUUUCAAAUUCUUGGCGCAGGAUCCUACGGCACCGUAUUUCUUGGUCGACUUUCUUCAUCUUCAUCAACUGAUUCGCAGGUGUUCGCCGUGAAGUCUUCAAAGCUAGAGUCUUCAAGAUCACUUAGGGUGGAAGGGCGAAUCUUGAAUCAACUCCGAGGAUGUCCCUAUAUCGUCCACUGUUUCGGAGACGACACCAGCCUAGAACAUGAAGAGGUUGUCUACAACCUUUUACUCGAGUACGCUCCGGGUGGAUCACUGGAGAGCCUGAUCAAGUCUCGCCCCGGAAACAUCAUGGAAUUUGAGGUUUCUUUCUACGCUUAUCAGCUUCUAAAGGGUAUAGAGGAAGUGCACGGCUGGGGAUUCGUUCACUGCGAUUUGAAACCCGCCAAUGUUCUUGUGUUUCCGUGUGGGUGCGGGGUGAAUCGUCUCAAGAUCGCCGAUUUCGGGCUGUCUAAGCCCUCCGGAGUUAACAUUUUUGGGGGUUGUCACCGGGGGUCUUUACUGUACACCUCGCCGGAGUCUUUGGUUUCCGAGAUGCACGAGGCGCCUAAAGAUAUAUGGGCUAUAGGGUGCAUCGUUGUGGAGAUGAUCACCGGAAAUCCACCGGAUGCGUUUCUAAACAUUGCGUUCAAGAAACCCGAAAUCCCAGAGGAAACCCCAGUACGAGAUGGACUGCCGCAAUGUUGCUGA